CUUCUUUAUUUCUGAAAGUUUUAUUAAAAGUUUCUAUUUUUAGGUGAAAUAUUUUAGCACAGUCACUAGUCGAUAUACUUGGCUUAAGGGACAAAUUCUAUAUUUCCAGAAUUAUCGUCCGAGUAUAUUUUGUGUACUACCGGUAAAGUAGAAACCUUGCGAAUAUUACAAUGCACUCCAACAAGUCGGGCGAGAUGCGGCAGGAGUCCGACAGCCUGGGGCCCAUGGAGGUGCCCAUGGAUCGUUACUAUGGUGCUCAGACGAUGCGCUGCGUGCUCAACUUUCGCAUCGGUGGCGAAGAGGAGCGUAUGCCGCGCCAGAUCGUCCAGGCCAUAGGUAUUUUGAAGAAGGCUGCUGCCGAAACCAACCAGGAAUUUGGAUUGGACCCCAAGCUGAGCACAGCGAUCUCAAAUGCCGCCGACGAUGUGAUCUCCGGAAAGCUGUACGACGAGGGACAUUUCCCGCUGCCCAUCUGGCAGGCGGGAUCCGGGACGCAGAGCAACAUGAACACCAACGAGGUGAUCGGCAACCGGGCCAUUGAGAUGCUGGGCGGCAGGGUCGGCUCCAAGGACCCGAUUCAUCCCAAUGACCACGUGAACAUGUCUCAGAGCUCGAACGACACCUUUCCCUCGGCCAUUCACAUCGCGGUGGCCAGUGGCUUGAACAAGGAGCUGCGCCCAGCGAUCACCGCUCUGCGAGACUCUAUGCAGUCGAAGACCAAUGAAUGGAAGGACAUCAUCAAAAUCGGACGUACGCAUGUCCAGGACUCGGUGCCAAUGACGCUGGGCCAGGAGUUCAGUGGCUACACCCAGCAGUUGACCAACGGGCUGGCGCGGAUCGAGGCGGUGCUGCCGAGGAUCUACCAGCUGGCCCUGGGCGGCACAGCCGUCGGAACAGGAUUGAAUUGUCGCCGUGGAUUCCCCGAAAAGUGCAUCAAGCGAAUCGCCCAGCUCACAGGCCUGCCCUUUGUGGUGGCCCCCAACUUUUUCGAGGCGCUGGCCAGCCGCGACGCUAUGGUGGAGGUCCACGGAGCCCUCAACGUUCUGGCCGUCAGUCUAAUGAAGAUAGCCAAUGAUAUAAGGCUUAUGGGCUCUGGACCGCGCUGUGGGCUGGGUGAAGUUCACUUGCCGGAGAAUGAGCCGGGAAGCUCAAUUAUGCCCGGCAAGGUGAAUCCCACGCAGUGCGAGGCCUUGACCAUGAUCUGUGCCCAGGUGAUGGGCAACCACGUGGCCGUCUCCGUGGGCGGCGCCAACGGAAACUUUGAGCUGAAUGUCUUUAAGCCUCUGAUCGUGUCCAAUGUGCUGCGUUCCAUCAAGCUGCUGACGGAUGGAUGCCGCAGCUUCAAUUUGAACUGCGUCAAGGGCAUCAAGCCCAACAAGGACAAGCUGGCCAGUAAUGUGAAUCAAUCGCUGAGCCUGGCGCCUGCCCUCUGUCCCAACAUUGGGUGUGAUAAGACGACCCAGAUUGUCAAAUCGGCGCACCAGAAUGGAACCACUGUAAAGGAGGAGGCCUUAAAGGCCGGCAUUACAGAGAAGGACUAUAACGAAUGGGUGCGCGUCGACAAGAUGCUGGGACCCAGCUAAGCUGCUCAGCACUGGUCUCUGUUUAAUUUAUUUCAUAUUCACAACUUAUUGAUAAAUUUUAUGUCAGAGCUA